AGCCAUCUGUUGGCGAUGGAGACUGAAAGCCUCAUGAUCCUUUAUGAGGACAAUUCUGUCGAAGUGCACUAUACGGACGGAUCUGGAUUGCUCCUUUCUCCUUGCGGUUCUGAGUUUUUAUUUGAGAAGGCCGUCUCUCCUUCUGCCCAUCCGAUGCAGCCGGCCGAGAGGAUUCACCAGAGGACACAGUUUGCUAUUAGCCUCUACCGGAAACAGCUUCUACAAGCAGUAGAAUUUAGGAAUCAAUAUUCUGAUCGCCCUUAUUUACCUUCAAGUAUCAUACCUCCUGAAAAGAAAAAUAUUGUUUUCACAGAUAUCUGCGAAGCCAAGUGGCCUCAUCCUGAUGCUGCUAGUGAGCUGAUGUGUAGACUCAAUGGUGGCGUGAAAGUGUCUUCUUCUGAUGGUUACGCACGCCUCUUCUUGUCAGAGCUCCAGCAAGAAUUUAUGGUGGAGUUCCUAUGCAGAGUCAGCCAAAAGUUGUUGACACCGUCGCCUCUUUUGGAGAACAGCUGUAAAAAAUCAACAAAGGACUGGUGUGGAAGAUCCAACCCAGAUUCUGUCUCCCAGCAGUCACAAACAGAAGAGAAGGCCCAUGAACGCUGCAGGAAUGCAGAGAAGCACAUGCGAGUGAACAAAUCUGAGAGUUCCCCAAGUCCCACCCGUGAAAAAGAUGAGGAGGUCUCUGGGCCUUUCCAGCACUGCUUGUAUGAAUACUGUAGGGUUACCCAACACUUGUGUGUGUUCUCCUGCCCAGAAGAAUGGAAAUACCCUUUGUCAUUGGCCUUUAUGUUUUAUCAGACAUCUGCUAGUAAUGCAGCUGCAUCUGAUGAGGGAAGCAGAGACCAUAGAGUUGGAGGGCUUGAUGUUUUCCUGGAAUGUGAAAACUCUAGGACUAUCAGUUGCCUGCCUUCGGCCUUGCCACUGAGCUGUGAAGCACCAUAUUUUCACAGCUGGAAUUUCAGCAACUUAUUCUCUCAGAGAAAGGAGGAUAUUGGAUAUUCACAGUCCCAACCAGUAAAAGUUGUUUGGCACGAGGGUGUCCUUUACAAGUUUCUCCUUGGUUCUAGAAGUAUAGAAAUUUACCCUGGGGAUGGAUCGGUUUUCAAAUCCACAGGUUCGUUUUUGGGAAAAUACUUCACUCGUUAUUCUGUUCAGGAACUAACGAAAUUGAGAGAAGAAACGAUGUAUUCUGUAAGCAGUUUGCCACCCAACGUGCCAGGGAGUCUCUACUCUGUGUGUGGAAUCAUUACUCAAGCAAUAAGAGUUCUUCAACACAAUCUUGAGGUCCUGCUUUCAUUAACCCCCAGUAACAGCUUCUGCUGUUGGAAGGUGUCCUCGGAGGCAGGUAGAGGAGAAACGCUACCAGUCCUGCUGGCUGAAAAGGUUAUUUCUAAUGUCGGAAGACUCCUUGCAUAUUCAGAUAAUAAAGUCCAUGCUGUUUUUUGUGAUGGAAUGCUCCUGAACACAGUGUGGGAUUUCAGUUCUUACUAUGGAAAAUCCCAGGGACAUCAAGAUCUUAACUCAGGGUGGUUUAAACUGAUCUCGCCUGAGGGGGCACACCAGCUUCUCCACAUAGAUCAUCUUGGGGUCUACGAAAGGUACAUCAGAACUGUGGUGGAAUGGUGCGCAAGCUUGAACAAGGAUAGAGCCGUCUAUACAGCUAUUCCACAGCCUCUCCCUGAAGAACAAUGGUCAGUCGCUGCUGAGCUUGAAAAAAUAAAAAGAUUCAACUUUCUGAUGGAGAACAGCAAUAUUCCAACUAAGGUUUCAGCAGCGAAAAAAAUUCCAUCCUCCAACACAGACAAGCAAAGCAGGCCAGAAAGUAUCUUGUUACCUGAGAAGAUCAAUGAAAAGAACAUAGCUGAAACUUUGGAAAAAACUUCUAAAGUGAUCAAUGAUAUUGACUGUCUUCUAGCUUCCUCUGCCAAACAAACUGUGGUAAAGCACAAAAGUAUUUAA